AUGCUGCAAACUCGUAUUGUGCCUUGGAUCAAUUACGAAGAGUUUGAGACUGUAUACAAAUGGCUCUUUUCUGAUAGAAAGACUCAAUUAGACCAAGUCAAGCUGGGUAUUGACAGAGUUCAAACGUGGAACAACAGAGGAGAGAUUCCUUCUUCAGUAGACAUGACGGCUGCAUUCAUCGAAAUCAUCAUCAGAGACGAGCAACUCGGUCAGCACAUGUCACAUAAAGAACUACGUCUCAUGUACGCCAUGGCCAUCAUUCGCUUCGUCAAUGGUCUUGUCGACAGAGAGCAAAAGGGAAAAUUCGCCAAAUCCAUCAACACGCUAGCCAGAAUGAUGGGUUUGCCUUCUUGGUUUGUUGAUCUGCGUCAUGCCAGUACACACGAACGCUUGCCUAGUCUCACUGUGUUAAGAGAUGGAGCCCUUCAAGCUGUAGGUUGGCUCCAUGACAAUUAUUGGAUCCACAACAUCAAAAGCGCCGAGCAAAAGCAAGCCAUGCAGCAGAACCCUGAGAUCAAGCUUAAAUUGAACCAGUACAAGGAGUGCAGAAAGACGUAUAUCAAAGAGAAAUACACUGGCAAAAAGGUGGAUCCCGAUGCCUAUGUUGCAUGUAUUCAGGGUUUGGUGGAAAUCAUUGACGAUGAUGUGAUUAGAGAAGAUAUCAUCCCCUUGUUGUUGGGUGUAGGCGGUCUUGUGCCUACGGGUAAAAAGAAGCGUGCUUCAGCAGAGGAUAUGACCAUUUCAAAGGGCUUGAUUGAACUGUGGACACCUUUGCUUCAAGGUUUGGAUGUCGGUUUUCCCAAUUUCAGUGAAGAAAUUAUCUCUGCUAUGAUUGCCAAGUUGGAUACAAAUUAUGAUUUUGAGAUCAAUGAGAUCUUGCUCAACCCCUACGCUGCCUUUGCUACCAAGAACACUGAAGAUUCUACCAAAGCACCUAGCUAUUUACUAACAAUUACCUGCUGGUUAAGGCACUUUGUUCAAGAAUUUGAAGGAUCAUCCAAGAAUCGCACAUUAACACACAUUUCCAUGGACGAUAUAUUGGAAGGUUGUCUUCGAAACCCAAAUUACUACACAAGAUCUGUAUUGCAAUCCAUUGUCAGUAUUGACCCAGAACUCGGCACUUCCAUCAAACCCUUUAUUAGAUACAUUGAUCAAAUGAUUAUGAAAUAUAUUGGCGAAAAGUCCAAGACACAACAUAUUCCCCUUCAUAAACAAGAAGAUCAAGCUCUUGAAGAUGAAUUGAAAGCAUUAGAAACACAACUUGUAAAUAUCAAAACCAAGCCUAAUCAUGUACAGAGAAAACAACGCAAAUCACAAGUCAAUCAAGAUGAGCAAGACGACAAAAUGGACAUUGACGAUGAAAGUGUAGCUGAUUCUGCUUGGAAACUGUAUGAAGAUUGGACUCCAUGUCCUAUUGGUACUCUACCAAAUGGAAAGGUGCCAUGCCUUGAUAUGAACAUACUUCUCCAAGGCAAUUAG